AUGGCGACUCCCACGCUGUACACUCCCCUCUGCUCCCUUCUUAACAUCACCUAUCCGAUCAUCCUCGCCGGCAUGGCCCGCACUUCUGGCGGGCCCCUCGCAGCCGCUGUCUCAAACGCAGGCGGGCUAGGCGUAAUCGGCGGGCUAGGCUACACGCCCGCACAACUCCAAUCCAUCAUCGACGAGCUGAAAUCGAAUCUCAGUGACCCCUCGCUGCCAUUUGGCGUCGAUCUCGCACUUCCCCAGGUCGGCGGCUCCGCGCGCAAGACGAACCACGACUACACGCACGGCCAGCUGGACGACCUGGUCUCCGUCAUCAUCAAAGAAAAGGCCAAGCUGUUCGUCUCCGCCGUCGGCGUCCCCCCACAACGCGUCAUCGAGCGGCUGCACACUGCAGGCAUCGUGGUCAUGAACAUGGUCGGCGCGCCCAAACACGCCAUCAAGGCACUAGACGCCGGCGUCGACAUCGUGUGCGCCCAGGGUGGUGAGGGCGGCGGCCACACGGGCGAGAUCGCCAACUCGAUUCUCAUUCCCGCGGUCGUGGAUGUGGCGAGGCGGUACAAGAGUCCCUUGACGGGGGAGCCGGCGAUGGUGGUUGCAGCGGGGGGGAUCUAUAACGGGCGAGGCCUCGCAAGCAGUCUGAUGCAGGGUGCGCAGGGAGUUUGGGUCGGCACGAGGUUCGUGGCAAGUACGGAGGCGGGGUGCUCGAAGCUGCACAAGGAGGCGGUUGUGAGUGCGGACUUUUCGGAUACGUUAAGGACGCUUGUGGUUAGCGGACGGCCGUUGAGGGUUAGGAUGAAUGAGUAUAUCAAGGGUUGGGAGGAUAGGCCGGAGGAGAUUAAGAGGCUAACGGAGCAGGGCGUAGUGCCGCUGGCGCAAGAUAUGGAUGAGGGGAAGGAUGUGGAUAUUCCAUUCUUGAUGGGUCAGGUUGCAGGUGUCAUCGAUGAGGUUAAGCCUGCGAAAGAGAUAGUGGAAGAGAUGGUGAGAGAAGCGGUAGAUAUGCUGAGGCUCGGGCAGUCGUAUCUUAAGCAAGGAAGCAAGCUGUAA